AUGGCUCGCUCCGCUUUUGUUUUUGUGCUUAUGGCUGCAUUGCUCUUGAGCUACACAAUGGCUCAAUCUCCAGCUUCGUCGCCGGUGGCCACUCCACCGAGGAAAGCUAAGACAGGUCAUGCGGUGUCUCCGUCUCCGGCGGUCUCUCCAUCAACUAACUCACCAUCGGUUUCACCCAAUCAACCUUCUGCUGCUCCUGCCAACUCUCCAUCGUCCAUCUCUUCUCCACCAUCUGAAGCACAAGGUCCUUCCAGCGGUGCCUUUUUGAACAGAUUCACCGUCACUGGAUCUGCUGCCGUCGUUAUUUUCGCUGCGUCUUUGCUCAUCUAG